AUGACACGAUUGUAUCUCCCCUCUUCCCUUUUCCGAUUCUCUACUUCCAUCACCAUGAGCAGGUCCUCGGCCGUUACUGCGACGUGGAUCGCCGUGGGUGGUGGUGUACUGACGUGGACGAAGAUGCGGAGGAUUCUUGGCAAGUCGGACAAGGCCAAGCGCGCGGACGCAGCGAGAGCCGCGCCCAUCCAGGGCGCGUGUGUGCGGUUUUCCCUGGCGGACAUGGUAAGCGCGACGAGCCACUGGGCGCCGCAGCUGCUGGUGGGCGACGGGUACCGCCUCAUGUUCAGGGGCGUGGACCCGCGCGACGCCGCCACCCCGUGGCUCCUCAAGCGCUGCCGCGCGCGCGAGUUCGACGAGUUCCACGCGGAGGUGGCGGAGAUGGGCAACAAGAACCACCCCAACCUGCUGCGCCUGCUGGGCUACUGCGACGAGCAGGACAAGCAGGGCCGCUGGGAGAAGGUCGUGGUGUACGAGUUCAUGCCGGCUGGCACCCUGCUCGACCAGUUUCAACCGGGUACUAGCACCCCACUGACACUGCAGCAGCGGGUGGACAUUCUGAUAGGAGUGGCGCGUGCGUUGGAGUAUCUGCACAGCUUUGGCAUCGUGCAUCGCGACAUCAAGCCCGCCAACAUCCUGCUCGAUGCCCACAUGCAGGCGAAAGUGUCAGACUUUGGUUUGCUGAGAAUGGGUGAGGGCAGCGGCUCACUGCAGUCCACGCGAGUGAUGGGCACACCAGGCUAUGUGGACCCCGUCUAUUCACUCACACACAAGGCUACUCCAAGUGCUGAUGUGUACAGCUUUGGAGUGGUCAUGAUGGAGCUACUGACCUGCAAGCAUGUCGUGCUGCCAUGUGAAGAUGGGUCACACAUCAACAUCAAGGACUGGGUGGAGCAGGAGGUGGAGAGAGGGGGCAGUGCGUCUGUUGUCAAUGGGGACCUCAAAGCACCACUUGCUGUGGCCUCCAAUCUAGUUACGAUUUCUCUCUCAUGUGUCGCAAAGCUUGGAGCUGAUGGGUAG